GUUUCCCAAACCACCACAUCGUCGUCUCCAAUUUCUUCUUCUAAUAAAUUUUUUCUCACCCAUUUCUUCUCUCCGAUGCCAUGCUUAUCUGCUAAUCUCUGCUCUGCCCGCCAGCCCUCGCUCUAGACCUUUGGUUAAAAAUCUAACCCUAGGUUUAGAGCCAAUUCUCUCCCCCCCCCCCCCCCACAUCUUCAAUUUCUCUUCUGAUCUCUGAAUAGGUUACUUUGGCAUUUCGGCAGAGCAUUGCAUGUGGCGUUGGAGGAGGCUCUUUUCUUCUAUUUCAGCACCACUACGGCGCCUUUCACUUUCACCUUUUACUAUUAAGUUUCCAUGGCGGCUAGGAAGGUCUGCCACUCGUUUUCCAAGACCCUCAUAGAGGAGGUCCAUAGAUGGGGUUGCAUGAGGCAGACUGGUGUCAGCUUGCGCUACAUGAUGGAGUUUGGCUCCAGGCCUACCGAUAAGAAUUUGUUGAUUUCCGCUCAGUUCCUUCAUAAGGAGUUGCCCAUUAGGAUUGCUAGGAGAGCUAUUGAGCUCGAGUCUCUCCCUCAUGGCUUGUCUGAAAAACCCGCUGUCUUGAAGGUGCGGGAUUGGUACCUGGAUUCUUUCCGUGAUCUGAGAUCCUUUCCCGAUAUCAAGGAUACCGAUGAUGAGAGGGAAUUUACUCAGAUGAUUAAAGCAAUUAAGGUCAGACACAACAAUGUCGUCCCUAUGAUGGCUUUAGGUGUUCAACAAUUGAAGAAAGGCAUGGAUCCAAAGAUUGUUUAUGAAGAUCUUGAUGAGAUUCAUCAGUUCUUAGAUCGUUUUUACAUGUCCAGAAUUGGAAUCAGAAUGCUUAUUGGGCAGCAUGUGGAGUUGCACAACCCCAAUCCCCCUCCUCAUUGCAUUGGCUGUAUUCAUACAAAAAUGUCUCCUGUUGAGGUUGCACGAAAUGCCAGUGAGGAUGCCCGUGCUAUUUGUUUAAGAGAGUAUGGCAGUUCGCCUAAUGUCAAUAUUUAUGGGGAUCCCAAUUUUACAUUCCCGUACGUGCCAGCACAUUUGCAUCUUAUGGUGUUUGAGUUGGUCAAGAAUUCCUUGCGAGCUGUUCAAGAGCGUUACAUGGACGCGGAUGAUGUUGCACCUCCUGUUCGAAUCAUAGUUGCCGAAGGGAUUGAGGAUGUUACUAUAAAGGUUUCAGAUGAGGGGGGUGGUAUACCAAGAAGUGGUCUUACUAAAAUUUUCACCUACCUCUACAGCACUGCUAAAAACCCACUGGAUGAACAUGCCGAUCUUGGAACAGCUGAUGCAGUAACAAUGGCUGGAUAUGGUUGUGGGCUUCCAAUUAGCCGUUUGUAUGCUAGGUAUUUUGGAGGUGAUCUGCAAGUUAUCUCCAUGGAGGGAUAUGGUACCGAUGCUUACCUUCAUUUGUUACGGCUGGGCGAUUCACAAGAGCCCCUGCCUUGAGCGUUCCGCUCCAAAGUUGAUCUGCAACUGCAAUUGUCUAAGGGACUCUUGAAAGCAUUGAAUGGUGUUAAAUCAGCAAUACUGUCAAAUGGCCUUUCGUUCUUGGACAGUUUUUCAAUUGUUCAGUCUAACAAAAUGGCACUCCUUCAUGUACAUACUUUAAUAUGCGAUGUUAUUUAUCUGCUAUCAAAUCUUUCUACCUGUUAUUUUUCAA